UUGUCAAACAUAACCUCAUAAAGAAAUGAUAAACAAUAAAAAGCAGAAAAAUCAAACCAAAUAUUUUGCUUGAAAGUUUCUAAAAUUCUAAGCUCAAUAAAAACCAUUCAAAUAUAGGAAUUGUACUAAUUAACAAUGAAGGAGACGCCAAUUUCCACAAUAGAACGUAAUUUUGUCACACAGGCAGUGAAACAUAAUCUACGUCUCGAUGGUCGCAAGAAUGAUGAAUUUCGUAAAAUAACCAUCAAUUUCGGUGCGGACUGGGGUAGUGCUUUAGUGGCGCUCGGUGAAACAAAAGUUCUAGCGCAAGUAUCCUGCGAAUUGGGAGUGCCGAAGGCAACGCGACCCAAUGAGGGUAUUAUACACAUUAAUGUCGAAUUGGGUCAAAUGGCUGCGCCACACUUUGAAUCCGGACGUAACUCCGAAUUAAAUGUGCAAAUAUGUCGCACUUUGGAGCGAACAUUUAAAGAUUCACGUUGCGUCGAUUUGGAAUCGCUUUGUGUAACCACAGAGGAGCGUGUGUGGAUGUUGCGCAUCGAUUUGAAUGUACUAAAUCAUGAGGGAAAUUUAAUUGACUGCUGUUCCGUAGCUGCACUAAGCGCCCUCUUGCAUUUCAAGCGCCCAGAUGUUAGCAUAAUCGACAAUGAUGUGCACAUACACUCGCCAGCCGAAAAGGAACCAAUACCAAUGGUGCUGCAUCAUUAUCCCGUUUGUGCCAGUUAUUGCCUCUUCGAUGAUGGUCGUUUAGCUAUUGCCGAUCCUAGUGUUUUGGAGGAACGUGUCGCCGAUUCUGCCUUGGUGUUUGGUUUAAACUCGUUUCGGGAAUUGUGUUGUCUAAAUUUAGGCGGCACCACACUUACCAGUUCCAACCUUUUACUACAAUGUGCAACACGUGCUGCACGUCGAGCCAAAUUUGUUGUGGAUUACGUUAAGGAAGUGUUGGAAUUAGAUAAAUUGGCACGAGAAGAAGAUAGAAAUUCUGGUUUCACAGAAUGUGUGCGUCUCAAUAAAAUCACAGCAUUAGCAGAGAAUCGCUUGUCCCUGCGUCUACGUAAUUUCAAGUUACAGGGAACUGACGAUUUGAAAGAUGAAACUGCAAUGGAAACAAGCGGCGACGAGGAGGUUGAGAGUGAAGAGGAAGAUGGUACAGAGAAACCACAGAAAAUCGUUUCAAUUGACUCCAAAUCGGCUAUAUUGGAAUCCAAUCAGUCGAAUAUCAAGUGGGUGCCAGAUGAUGAUGGCGUUGAAAGUAAUAUUGAAAGCAUUUGUUCAGAGAACGUGACUGAGGAAGGUGACGAAAGUGAGCGCAGCUUAUCACAACAGAUCGAAAAACAAAUGCAAAAACAUUCAAAAAAAGAAUCCAAACGAGCGUUAAGCAAAAAGCAUUUGCAUGAUGACGCUGGCAGUGAUUCGGAGGAAGAAGCGAAGGUUAUUUUGUAAAGGUGAAUAACCAAUUUUAAUAAAUCUAUACAGUUUCAUAUGUAAUUAU